AUGAGAGUGACUGUCAAAAUUAUAUUGAAAUUUUUAAAAAAGGCCCAAAAAUAUUCAUUUUAUACCUAGAUCAAUUUUUUCACUUAAAAUAUUGGCUAACAUUUUUAUUAGCUCUUUUAAAAGGGAGAGAGCUAUAUAUGUGGUUAGAUUUUAAAAAUUGAUUACAUCAAUCACUUUUGA